AUGGAUAACUCGAAUGAAGCUACUUCCUCGACUGUAAACCAAUUCGUGAACCUCGCCGAAAUCUCCCUGCCACAGGAGCCCAGGGCCAAUCUCGCUAUCGAGAACCUCGCCGUCGACGAAGCUCUAUGUUUCACACCCGUUGAACAAUUUAGCGGUGAAAGCUCCCCAUUCGUUUUCGACGGGGCCCUUGACUACAUCAGCGAUAAUUUCGAAAGUGGAUGGACGACGCCCUCGACAUCUUGUGCCAACUGCACCGCAUGGGGCUACCAAUGCCAGCUCCCACAACAACCCGAACCUCAAGACCGCUGUAUAUCUUGCGUGUCUCUCGGGUGCAACUGUACUUUCUUAAAUACUACGCCGAACUUCAUUGGAGAUGAUUUCAACAACCUCAUGAAGGACAGCCGGACUGUUACAACCAAUGCUCAGCACCUCCCGACACCAGAGGCUUCAAAGAGAUCAAGCGGCUCGUUCGAGCCACCCAACACUUCCACUACAUCGACUCCUCCUCCACCUAAGAUUGGCACGAGAUUCUCUCGUGACUCAACUCGGAUCUUGAGACAAUGGCUCUCCUCCCACAGCCACCAUCCCUAUCCAAACGACGAACAAAAGAAAAUCCUCCAGCACCAAACAGGCCUCAGUAAGAUCCAAAUCACUAACUGGUUAAUCAACGCUCGUCGUCGCGGAAAAGUACAAGGCCGUCAUCGAUCUACGUCACCAUACUCGGGAAACUCUGGUACUGGGACAAGACCUAUCGAUGUCCCCGUGAGGCCAGGAACACCAGCUCCUAGAAACAGCCCACACUAUCAGGGGUUGAACCCGCUCGAGAGAUGGGUUGACUCUCCUCCAGAACAUGAGCCUGCUACUGUUGGCGAUAUUGCACGUGCCGUAGCAUCUACUCAUGCAGGAUCAUCAGACGACAGCUUCAAUGCUAGCUUCACCGAUGAGCCAGCACGGUCCCUUUAUCACACCUCGUCAGCCAGUAGCGCUGGAACCUCGAGUGGCGGCUCAUUUGCUUCUGCCUUCUCCCAUGCUUCCAAAGACUCUGCUUCCCUUCCACGUCCCACUGUUCGUAGUCGAGCGCGGCAACGUAGACGUCCGAAGCGAACUUCUCUUGCACAUCCUCGGAACCAGUACCAGUGCACAUUCUGUACAGAGACAUUUAGAACAAAACACGACUGGCAACGACACGAAAAGUCUCUCCAUAUGCCCCUCGAAAGAUGGGUUUGCUCGCCUAAAGGGCCUCGGGCCGUCAAUCCUGACACAGGCCAAACAUGUUGUGUCUUCUGUGGAGAAGCCGAGCCUACUCAACCGCACAUCGACAGCCACAAUCCCUCAUCUUGUCAGGAACGAACGUUCAACAGAAAGGACCACUUAAAGCAGCACUUGCGUUUGGUACACAAUGCCGGCCUUCUCGACUGGUCGGCUAAACUCUGGAAAAUUACCAUUCCAGAAAUCGAGUCUCGUUGCGGCUUCUGCGGUGCAUCUCUCGAUACUUGGGGUGUCAGAGCUGACCAUCUCGCGGAUCAUUUCAAGAUGGGUUCCGACAUGGCGAGUUGGAAAGGAGAUUGGGGCUUCAACGAUGCAGUUCUGGAUAUGGUUGAGAACUCUGUUCCACCUUAUCUCAUUGAAUAUGAAAGAUUCUCUCCGUUUCCCUAUCAAGCAAGCGGCGUACCUCCAGAGUCGCCCCGUAGCGCCUAUGAGUUGCUCACGCUGGAACUCAACCAUUUUCUACGACUAUUUUUCGACAGGACAGGAAACUUGCCCAACAACAGAGAAAUCCAAUUCGAGGCUUGCCGGAUCGUCUUUGCAUCGGAAGUCUCAUCACCAGAAAUUGACAAGGGUGCGAAACCCGAGUCGUGGCUGCGAGACUUGAUUACCUCGUCAGAAGACCUCACUCGAGAGGCUCGAUUUGGGCCGAUAAGAUCGCCAGCCGAAAGCAUGAUUCUGUUUGAUGAAUGCCCCUGUGAAUUGCAGCUUGAUGCCUUUGUUGAUAAGCACAGGCUACUUGGACCCAAUGUUCUCAACAACCAGGAACUACAGAACGAGGCUUGUAAGAUAGUCACACGUCUAGGCAAGAGUUGGGGAAUGUCUCCGGCCGACUUGGUUGUCAACUGGCUAGUCAACCUCAUCAGCUCAUCAACUGGCUGGCUUACCGCGUUUCGCUCGAGAACACGUCUUCUUCAACACGAAAGCUCAAGUGCUCUACCUCCACUACGACAUUCUGAGAAAGACCAACAAGUAGGACUCGGGGAUCUUAUGAACGAAAGAGCUGCUGCAAAUGAACCUUUCGAGCCCCCGAUGCCAUUUCAACUCCAAGGCGUUCCUUUUGACAGAGGACUAUGGAGGAAUCUAGCAAUGCCGAAUCAACGCGCUUGGCUGCAGGAUACAGGAAGUGACGUUCUCCCACCAUUGCUACAAGAACCUCCUACCCAGGAUGCUUCUCCAGCAAGCGAUGUCGCCCAAGCUUCACCCGUGUCUCCUCUAGUCUCGAAUACUCCCGACUGGCAGAGACCCGGAAGCACUGGACCAGAUGGCCGCAGCGCACAUCCGCAGUUUUCAACAGUCAAACGGAACUAUGCGUUUUUCAAUGACUCCAAUUUCAAUCGGUGGCUUGCUCUUGAGCUACGACGCUGGAUCGCAGCAACCAUGUCUCCCAACAACCCGAACAGUCACGUUCCGUCGGACCAUGAAAUUCAGCACCAAGCGCGAUUCAUUGUUUAUGAAGACGGCGAUCCUUGGAAUCAGACCUCGGCAGACAAUCUUGAGUGGCUACACCGUUUCAAGCGCACCAUCGGUAUGUCGUCAGAGGAACCCCAAGACAACUUGCCAGGGGGGUCAACACGCGCCCUUCCCCAAAUCCCCUCAUGA